UACAUUUUUUUUUGUAUGUUAAACAAUAUUAGCUCAUAAUGUCACUUAUUCUUCCCUCAACCAUUAUAAUUUUGAGGAGGAACAGCAGCGAAGGAGCUGGAAAUAAAACGGAUUCUAAAAUGUCCGACCUCUCUUUGUGUUUCUAAACUUGUUUACGUCGAAGCGCUUUCAGGGGGGCGAAGAUUAAGGCCUCCCGCUUACCUCCGCUGAUGGUUUGUUUUCUCGGAGGGUCCUAAUUGAGCUGAUGCMGCCAGUCCUGCAGACCCUGAGCUGAUGACCCUGCACUCAACACAAGGACUCCAUGUCUUUCUUGGACUGUUCCUGCAUAUCCCACGCUCAGGUCCAGCCCAUGGCCAUAGAGGAACACUAUGAAGACCCCAGCCACCAGUUUCUGAGCUGUGACGGUUCUGAAUACACUCUACAAGGGCCAGCUGGUGGUGAUGACGUCACAGGGCUGUCGGCCGAGCCGGCCCACUACCAGCUACUGUCUGAGCUGGAUCACUGUGUCACAGGGAGGGGCUUCAACAACCUGAGCCAGGUGAACAUGGCACGCCACAUCCCCACGGGCCAGCUGGUGGCGGUAAAGCAAACCAACCUGGACGAGUGCACGGAGGAGGAGCUGCUGCAGCUCAUGAACGAGGUUCUGCUCACUCGGUUCUUCCGUCACCCGAACCUGCUGACGUCCCGCCUGGUCUUCAGCUCCUGCUGCCAGCUUUGGGUCCUCACACCACUCAUGGCUUACAGUUCUGCAGAUGCCUUGUUGAGAACAUAUUUCCCAGAUGGGAUGAGUGAGUCCCUGAUAGCAUACCUGCUGCACGGCGUCCUGAAAGCACUGGAAUACCUGCACCGGAUGGGCUACGUUCACCGGGGGGUAAAGGCCAGUCACAUCCUGCUGUCAGGGGAGGGGCAGGUCUACCUUUCUGGACUCCACAGUGUUUAUAGUAUGAUGCGCGAUGGGAAGAGGCUGAGGGCRGUGUUCGACAUGCCCCACCACAGCCCAGCACUGCUGCCGUGGCUCAGCCCAGAACUACUGCGGCAGGACCUGCACGGUUACGGUGUGAAGUCAGACAUCUACAGUCUGGGGAUUGUAGCCUGUGAGCUGGUCAGCGGCAGGGUACCUUUCCAGGACAUGCCACCCACUCAGAUGCUACUGCAGAAGCUGCGCGGCUCCCACUGCUGCCUGCUGGACGUGGCUCCCUUCCCACUGGGAGAGUUGGGCGGUCUGAAGGUGUCGCGGUCCGGCGUGGACUCCGGCAUCGGAGAGAGCGUGGCCACGGGCAGCCUGACGCACAGUGCCGCAGCACCCCCUGCCGACCGACCUCAGAGCCCCGGACCCAAAAACCACUCAGCCACGCUGCACAACCUGGUGCAGCUGUGUCUGCAGCAGCAGCCUGAGCGCAGACCGUCGGCAUCUGAACUGUUGAGCCAUGCCUUCUUCAAACAGGUGAAGAGGCACACCAGAGAUUCCUUCCUCAGUCUCAUGUACCCAGCGGUGCCCCUCUCAAGCCCCGAGGACCCCCCGGUGUCAAGCCCCCCGGGCCCCCUGUGCCACGCUCCAUCAUCGGUCAGCACCGCAGAGGCUGUGUGGGACUUCUGAGUAGCAAUCCAAACACAAAGACAAUCACUGAAAAGCGAGGCCAAACUCUACUGUGCUUUUAUUUGAUUUUAUUUUUAUAUUAUCAUAAAACCAACUCUCUGAGCCUUGUUUUAAGAGUUGUGUACGUUUUUUUACCUCUUUAUCUGAAUGAGCCAAAUGUUAAAGUGCUGGAUCAAUGAAGCUGCUCUGACCAUACGGUUGUUUAACAAAAACAAACAAACAAACAAAAACACUAGUUGGCUGACAAUGAAGAGGUACUUGAAAUAGUGGCUUUAAAUUUGGUUACUCCUAAAUGUUCCUGUCCUAGCCCCUCGGUCGUGGUGUUCUUCAAGGAUCCAUCUUUGGUCCUCCAUUGUUCACUUUACACAUAAUUUUGGGGUGAAGUUUUUAGACAACCUACUAUUUUCUUCCAUUUGAGGGUGACAGAUAGUCAAACAAKGGCUGCCAAACAAUUGUGAGCUGUGCUGGCUAAAUGAGUCACAAUGAGGAUGUUUUCCAUCAAUAGUUAUCAAUAUUUCCUCAAAAACUUUAAAAUAGUUUGUUUAAAUUUGGCAGUAACACUUAAUAACACUAUUGUGUUUACAAGUGCACGGGUGGUGAUGCAAACAUUAGACGAAGGAAUUUCCCAGCUGAGAAAAUUGGUCAAUUUCAAACAGAGUUAAAGGUUAUAAUGCCAAGCAUCACUCUAAUGACAUACUGUAUUUGUUGGAAAGCUUACAGUUAGUUCAGGAAAAUUAUAUGAUGYUUUAUUUACUGGUAUCACUGGAAGKUGUCUUUGUGGACUCAUUUUCAUGCAAAUGUCAAUUAUGGCAUGUACGGAGUGUGCUUACUCCAACUCGUUUUGCCAUCACAAAUCACAAAUGUUUAUUCUGGCAUAACUAACUGCAGUCAGUCAUGAUCACUAACAGGAGGUACUGUAACUACAUUGUCAAGUUAGGACACUUAGAACCUCUUGUUAAAAAAAAGCUCCAUUUCUCAUUUUUAAAACCACUCAAGUUGUACAUUCUGCAACUAUUCCACCCUGAAAAAAGAAACUGUUCAAAUAAAMCAUUAAAAGCCCCAAAUUGAUGACAUUCAUGCGUCGUGAUGAGCUGCAUUAUUUUGCAAUCACAACUGAAAUUCAUCACAGUAAAAGUAGUUAGAGUGGAUUUUUUUAUGUUCUUUUUUCUGUGUGUGUGUGUUUAUGUGUUUAGACUGUGAACAACUUGAGGUACGUAAAACCCAGAAAUUCAACUCAUCUUUUAUAAGAGUUAAAGUUGAAGGUGCGUGCGUCGUCCAUUCGUGUCGUUUCUCCCAACAGAACCGACCGUGCGAACGUCUUCAUUUAGGACUGAACAUAUUUGCACAUGGUGUUCCUGUGGCAGCAAUAAGAUAUGCAGUAUUUAAUGUUACUUUAGAGUAGAAAACAUUAGUCUUCCCUGCCUUGAUCGCCUGYGAUUCAUGACAAGUGUUCCUGCUCUGUCCUUUAAACACUUCUCCAACAAUGCCUUUAUUGUUUUUUUUAUUGAAACUUUAGAACAUCUCUUUGUAACUGUGAUAAAGUGUAUAAGAACUGUGAUUACAGUACAUAUCAAACAUGGUAGCUGUAUAGGCCUUAUCUAAUGUAGUUAUUCAUAUAUAUCUACUGUAUAUACAUAUGCCUCUUAUUACCAAACUUCCUGUUUGCCUUUUUUCUGUUUGAAAGGAGAUAAAUGUUCAUUUAGCUUCAUCCACACAGUGUCUGUGGUCAUUAUGUCUCAGAAACGCUUAAAGACUGAAUUUAUUUGUUUUCUGUAGGUAYUUGUCUAUUUUUUUGUGUUGCUACUUUUGUUUUUGUCUGUAAAACCCUGAGAUGAGCUUAACUGUGCUUAUUGUAAAACUAGAAGAAAAAAAUAAAAAUAAAUUCCCCCAAUACAUCA